GUCUGAAUGUAUCUACAAAGAGUAUAAAAUUGAUCAGUUAUUGUGAUAAAGCAUUCAAAUAAAUGAAUGAAUGAAUCAUCAUCAUCGUCAUCACAAGCCAUGGGGACAAUUGACGUUGACCAAGCAUUCAUCCAAGAACCAGAACACAGGCCAAGUCUCUCCACCAUUGAAGGACAAGGGAUUCCAGUCAUAGACCUCUCCCCUGUAACAUCAAACAACCCUUCUCUUUCUUCCAUCGACGCGCUGGUGAAGGAGAUCGGAAGCGCGUGCAAGGAAUGGGGAUUCUUCCAAGUAACAAACCAUGGUGUGCCCCUCUCUCUGAGGCGGAACCUUCUGGAAGCUUCCAAGAGCUUCUUUGCUCAGAGCUUGCAAGAUAAGAAGAAAGUUAGCAGAGAUGAAACGUCUGCCAGCGGUUACUAUGACACUGAGCACACAAAGAACGUUAGGGAUUGGAAGGAAGUCUUUGAUUUUCUAGCCAAAGAACCGACUCUUUUUCCCCUCACUUCUGAUGAACACGAUGAUCGAAUCCUUCAUUGGACUAAUAAAAAUCCUCAAUACCCUCCACACUUCAGAGAUAUACUAAAGGAGUAUAUCAAGGAGAUGGAAAAGCUGAGCUACAAAUUGUUGGAGCUGAUUGCUCUGAGCUUGGGACUUGAAUCUAAGAGGUUCGAAGAAUUCUUCGGAGACCAAACAAGUUUUGUUCGAUUGAACUAUUAUCCUCCAUGCCCUUACUCUCACCUAGCUCUUGGGGUGGGUCCACACAAGGACUCUGGUGCCUUAACCAUUCUUGCCCAAGACGAUGUUGGAGGUCUUCAAGUCAAACGCAAGACGCACGACCAAGAAUGGAUCAACGUUGAACCAAUCCCACAUGCUUAUAUCAUCAAUCUCGCUGAUAUUAUUCAGAUACAGGUCCAGGUGCUCAGAAGCGAGCUGUGGUUCGUCUGAGAGACGGCGAAGAUAUUUAUUUCCUCUACUUUGUGUUUUGCUUAGAAUCUCUCCACUUUUGUUUUGAAAAGAUUAUAUUAUGUAUUGAACUCUUUUGGAACUUGCCUAUAGAGGCUCUUAUGUUUCUUUUGGGAGAGAUUAGGAUGUACUGUUGUCAACUGCUUUCAUACUGUACCCUAGCCGGCCUAAACUUCGCGGGUCGCGACUAGUGGCUAUUUCCUUAUGAUUAUAUAUAUCUAUCUGUUAUCUAUCUCUUGAUCUCCUUUAUGCCUUGUCCGUAUAUCGCUUUCGGCUUCACGUUUUAUCUUUUCGUUGUCGAAACGUGAGUGAUAC